AUGGGAGACUAUGGCCCCGCGGUCCCGCCGACCGACUCCUCCCCGGUGGGCCACCCCUCGCCAUCCCCGCAAGGUUCCACCGACAUUUCCGUGCUGAUCACGGGCUUUGGUCCUUUCAAGACCAAUCUUGUCAAUGCAUCGCACCUCAUCGCCUCUUCGCUUCCUCCCUUCCUGAACUUCGCAGCCAAAAGCGGAGAUGGCUCUGUUGAGCGCCGCGUGAAUCUCAAUGUCUAUCCGUCUCCCAUCCGCGUGGCCUACGCCACCGUCCGAGAAAUGAUGCCCCAGAUCCUAGACGAAUAUGCAGCCACCCACAAUGGCCAGCGACCAGAUCUCAUCCUCCAUAUCGGGAUUGCCUCGCCCCGUCCAUAUUACUCGGUGGAAUCACUCGCCCACCGCGACGACUAUGUCAUCACCGAUGUGGACGGUGAGAAGGGUUUCGAGCAAGGGGAGAAACGGUGGCGCGAGAUGGGACUGCCACCCAUCUUAGCACCCGGCCUCGCCACAGAGAACGAUGUGAAGAAUGCUGGCCGGUCCGGCAGUCAGAAAGUCAUGCCCUACCCGCCAGACGAGCAUUUCCUGCAUGUGUGGAAAGCCAAUGCACCCCGUUUUCUGGAUUUACGCAUCUCUCGAGACCCGGGCCACUACCUGUGUGAUUUCAUCUUCUAUACCAGCUUGGCCCUGGCAAAAAUGCAAGGCGCGGAUCGCAGCGUGCUCUUCUUGCAUGUGCCGGGUGGAGCAGCUGAUCACGACAUCGAGCGGGGUCGUGAGGUGGCCCUGGCAUUGAUCAAGACCAUGGUCACCUGUUGGAUUGAUGAUAAGCGAAAAGAUCUGGCGUGA